AUGCCGAUCCGAUCGACUUAUCCGGACGCGCCGGUGGCCACCCGGCCCUAUCACGAGACGCUUCUCGAGGCCAUCGAUGAACAUAUCAACGCCGGAAAAAAUCCGAUCGCAUUUGUGAGUCCCUGUUCCGAUAAAGCUCUAUUAGAAGUUGAGAUUUCUUCGGAAAUUUUUUUUGAAUAGCGUCAGAAAACGAGAAAAAGCGAUUUUCGGUCGAAACAUCUUGUGAGGAAACUUUUUGAAACUCUCCCAACCUGAUUUUUUUUCCUGGAAACUUGAAUUUUAUAAGCGUUUUACAAUUAACUGUCAUCACAAUUCCAGAAAGUUUUCAAAAAGAUGAAUUCCUCACAAGAAAAAUGUGACCAGAAUUGCGUUUUUCCGUACUUUUCCGAAGGGUACUGUAUAUACCGUAGGCUCUCUUUUAUAUUUUUUUACGAGUCAUUAUUUUUCAAGCUGUUUCUACCGUUCUUUCUUAGGAAUUGCAGAGUGCUCACUAAAGGGUUUUAGGGUCUGACCUUUUAGCCCCUAAAGCUCAAGUGGGCCCUAUAGGGAUCUCUCAAUUUCCUUCAAAAAACGCUUUUUGUUCAGUUUUCCCCAUGGAAAUGCUUCUUCGCUUAAAGUUCAUAACAGUCCUCUAUAGGGACCACUUUCCCAAGCUUAAGUGGCCCCUAUAGUGGUUGGCAAAGUGGUCCCUAGAGGGACCUUCCAAGGACUUCUAAGGUUGCCCCUAUAGGGACUACUGUGGAGUUUUUGAGUUAGGCUUUUUUGUAGAAAUUGUAAGAAGAUAAAACAAAGAGAAUCUGAAUGGACAAAAAAUGAGAAAAAAUGUUUCAGAUCAGCGGCGAUAACCCGUCAAUUGUUAUCACCUACGAGCAAUUGCGAGGUUAUAUCCAUUCCAUCGCUACUUACCUUCAUGGAAUUGGCUUCCAGGUGAGGAUGCUACUGUUGGAAUGUUGAAACGAAUGAAGAAAAAUGAUUCUGAGAAAAAAUCAACGUUUCCUUCGAGCUUCUAAAACUUCAAAUUUGAAUUUUUCGAUAAAUUUUUACUUUUUUUGUACUUUCUCGGCAUACCGUCGAAGCGUCGCGGUCGCGUAGCGGUUAAAAUUCUGUUCGGACGGGACUUCUCUGCGCCCUCCUUAUCUCUCGACGUCUCUCUCAUGUUUACGUGCUAUUUCCAUUUUUCUCUGACCUCGCCGCUAAGGAACAGAGAGAUGCAGACACGCGGAAACUGUCAAGUCGCGGCGAACGGACUAUAGUUGUUGUUUGAAUCUUCUGCGAGACUUCGAGCCGUUCCCCAUGCGACCAAGCGAAAGGAAAUAAGAUCAAAAAUGCCCAUACAACUUGCGGUUUCAGAAAGAUGUAGCCUGUAUCGUGAUGCCGAACAUCUGGCAGUACGCCGCCUUCUUUGUCGGCGUCGCAGCCGCCGGCGGCGCCAUCUCUGGGGCCAGCGCUCUUUUCACCGAUUGUAACUUUAUCUUUUCAAUUUUUCGAAAAUUUGAUCAUUUUCUAGACGAACUUCAACGACAGUUUGUCGAUUCCCGGUGCAAAGUCGUGUUCACUUGUGAGGAAUUUCUACCGAAGGUCGUCCUGGCAGUGAAACAGAGUCCGAAUGUCGAGGUUAGUAAGCUUGAAAAUGAAACAGCUUCAACGAAAAAGAUGGUUUCAGAAGAUCAUUGUGAUCCCAAAAGCUGCCGGAUCAUCCCUUCCAGAAGGCGUCGUUUCUUGGAAUGACGUCAUCGCCACCAAGGCGAAGACGUUGCCAAAAGUCCACAUCGACAUCAAGAAGGACCUCCUCGCCUUGCCUUACUCCAGGUAAAUUUUUUACUUUUGGCGAACCUCGCCGAGAGAAAAGAGAGCGCAGACAUGUCAGAAUUUUUUCAAGUCGCAAUUCUUUCAAAAAAACAAGUUCAUUGCAGCGGAACGACGGGACCUCCAAAAGGGGUGAUGAUGUCGCACUUCAACUUUGGAACCAUGCUCAACAUUUUCAACCAGUCAGUUUUCUAAUCAAAUAUUUAUCAGAAUAAAAUUGAAUCAAUAGAAUUAUUCAUGAUUAAAUGAAUUUUUGAGAAUUAUUUCGAAUUUUGAAUUUGAGGCUUGCUGAAUCCGAUAAGAUUUUUUUUUCAAUCACUUCCAUCGAAACUCCUCAGAAUCGACAAGGCUCGCAACACGGUCACCAUCGACCCCAACUGGGACUACCGACGUGAAAAACUCCUUCUUUUCCUCCCCUUCUACCACGCCUUCGGAUUCGCCCUCUUCAACCAGUCCAUGCUCCAAGGCAGCACCGGCAUCAUUUUGAGCCAUUUCGAGCCGAACAACUUCUGCUCCGUCAUCCAGUCCCACAAGGUGACGCUCGAAUCGUGAAAAGCAGUAUUAAGAAGAGUUUCAGCCCAAAAUCCUGGCCCUGGUGCCGCCAAUCAUGGUCUUCCUGGCGAAACACCCAAUCUGCUCGAAAUAUGACCUUUCUUCCGUUGAGAUGAUCCUUUCUGGAGCUGCUCCAGCUGGAAAAGACUUGAUCGAGGAGCUCAAGAGAAAGUAUCCCAAGCUCAAGUAUAUCCAACAAGGUGGGAAAAUCGUCUGCGAGGAGUUUUUCAACAGCUAGAUCUUAGGAAUUUUGGAGUGGCCCCUAUAGGGGUUAGGAGGAAAAGCCUCUAUAGGGAUCGAAGAAGUGGUUCUAAUGAAGAUCUGACCCGUUAGCCUCGAAAGCUUAAGCGGUCCCUAUAGGGGUCGUUUAGUUUUAUUCAAAAAAGGUUACUUCUCUAGUUUUUUGCAUGGAAGUGCUUCAUCGCAUGAACUUAUCGAUUGUCCAUAAUAAGGGCCACUAAUAAAAACCCUAUAGUGACCACUUUUGCAAGCUUUAGUGGGCUCUAUAGGGGUUAGUAAAGUGGUCCCUAGAGGGGACCUUCCAAGGGCCAAUUAGGUUGCCCCUGUAGGGACCAUUCUGGAGUUUCUAAGACUUUCUUGAAAGGUUUUUUUUCGUGAACUGUUCUAUAAUGGCUCGCUCAAAGUGAUUUGGCGAAAAUAGAAAAAUUUUAUUUUCCAUUCUCUGAAGGCACUCGUCCAACGCAGAAUAGAGAAAAAAUGGAAGAAAUAGAUUCUUUUUUUUUGUUAGAAGACAUGAAUUUUCUCAUAGACCUUUUUGCUCAUAUCUGAGCAUAGAUUCGGAAUCAGCCUGGAAAACUACACUUCCGGAUUAAAGAUCAUAAUUUCGAUCCGUACCUUGAUUUUGAGGCUACGGAAUGACGGAAGGAACGAUGGCCAGCCAUUUGCCGGACCUGACCAACGAUCAGCCGUACGGGAGUGUCGGCAAGUUGACGUCCAACAUGGAGAUGAAGGUUUCCACCUCAAUUUGAAUCGAUUAAGGCUUUUGGACUUCAGAUCGUCGACCCAGGAACGCACAAGGAGCAGAAGCAAGGGCAGAGGGGCGAGAUCUGCGUCCGAGGUCCGACAGUCAUGCUCGGCUAUCUCGGCAGGCCUGAGGCCACCGCCAGUACCAUCAUCAAUGGGUGGCUUCAUACUGGUGGGUAUUCGAGUUUCAGCCAAUUUUUCCCGAUUUGGGCAGUUUGGGAAGGGUGAAGCGUUGCGGAUGCGACGCGGUUUUUGGCGGGAAACUUGUCGCUCAAAUUCGAACUCUUGUUUCCCCGCCUAAACCUUGCCAAGCUGUCUAGCCCUUCAAGUCGAAUAUAAUAAAAUAUCGGGAAGUCUUCAGGCGACAUUGGCUACGUCGACUCCAAAGGCAACCUUUUCAUCGUCGACCGCUUGAAAGAGUUGAUCAAAGUCAAGGGACUUCAGGUGAGUUCUGAAUAUCUAACUUAUGAGCAUCACUGAUUCUCUCAAGAGUAAAAAUUGAAUGAUUACCGAACAAAGUUCCCAGGUCGCCCCAGCCGAGCUGGAAGACUUGCUUCUGUCGCACCCGAGGAUCCGCGACUGCGCCGUCAUCGGAAUCCCGGACGCCAACGCCGGCGAGGUUCCCAAGGCGUUCGUCGUCCGCGCCGACGACAAACUCAGCGAGGAGGAAGUCAAGGCCUUCGUCAAAAGUUGACUAUUUCGAAGUUCAAUUUGAAAACUCGAAAGUUCAGGCAAAGUCUCUGCUUAUAAGCAAUUGGCUGGAGGCGUCGAGUUUAUCAAUGAAAUUCCGAAAUCGGCGGCCGGAAAGAUCCUUCGACGAUUCCUGCGCGAUAAACCUACAUCCAAGCUUUAA